AUGACGGAUGAUAUUCAGAUGCGCCUGCCUAUUUUUGAGAUAGUGAUCUUUAUAUCUGAGAGGUUUCCGCAUUUGCUCGCCGUCUUCGUGAUAGCGGCGUGCUCCGUGAACAAGAAGGUGCGUUGGGUGGUCAUCAUCUCCCCCAUUAUCAUUUUGGCCGUCCUUGCCAGCUUUGUUCUUUUCGAGUCGAACGCCUUGGCCAAAGCAGAGGGCUACGACAUGAGUGGUCCUACUUUGCGCGAGGCGCUGGAAAACUACAUCAAUGAUGGAACUGGGGAUCUCAUGCAUAUUCUUGAGGGCCGUCAAUAUCCACCGGUUUUCGGCAAGAUCGAGUUGGGCCGCUAUUUCAAGACUUGGCUGGCAGGCUCGGUGUUUCAUGGGACUGGGCAGGAUGCGGAGUAUCUUCCAGAAGCCUACAACAAGGGUGACGACUGGUUCGAAGCCACACUCGGCGAGCCGAUGGUGUACACCGGGGCCAUCUACACGGGCCCCAACGAGACCAUGUGGAGCGCCCAGCUCAAGAAGCUCGACUUCAUCGCUCACGCCUUGGGCGUGAAGCCAGGGGACAAGGCAAUGGAUAUUGGUGCUGGCUGGGGGCGGCUGUCCAACCACUUGGCCAGCAAGGGCGCGGACGUCACAGGCGUCUUGAUGGCCAGUGACCAGAAGGCUUACGCUGACAGGAUGACCAAGAAGGUCGGACACGAUGGCAAGGUCAACAUUCUUCUGCAGAAUUUCUUCGAUCUUGACAUCGCCCCCAAGACCUUCAACGUCAUCUCCUCUGUGGAGAUGGCCGAGCACGUGGGCAUCAGGAACUACAACAAGUUCCUGACAAAGGUGCACGACCUCCUUGCGGACGACGGCACGUUCUACCUCCAGGUCGCUGGCCUCCCGCGAGGUUACGCGAAAGGCUACAACCACUAUGAAGACCUUGUCUGGGGCAUGUUCAUGGACGAGCAUGUCUUUCCCGGAGCAGAUGCUUCUUGCCCGAUGGGGUGGGUCGUUACCCACCUCGAGCAGGCAGGCUUCGAGGUCCAGAGCGUCCACAACCUCGGCGCUCAUUACUCGAAGACCCUGCACCACUGGCAGAGGCUCUGGGAAUCCAAAAAGGAUUCAAUCGUGAAGGUCUACGGUGAGCGUUCUUGGCGACGGUGGCGUGUAUUCUUGGCGUGGUCUGUCCGUAUUGCUCGGCGUGGUGGGAGCACGGUGCAGUUCAUCACCGCGACCAAGAGCGGCAACGAGAAAGCGCGGAUUGCUGCACAGGAUCGAUUGUUGCCAGGGCAGUUCCAGAUUCCAAGCUUCCCUGCGAGUGGCCCUGGUGGCGGACCUGAUGACUUCGUGGAGCCCUAG